AACUUUAAUGUUUUUAUUUGUUUUACGUCCCGUCGAGAAUUUUUCACUCAUACUGAGGUGAUAUACUACAUAUCUAGACCUAUGCUUUGCGACCAGUAAAAUAAGUGGCGGUCGACAGAUAACAAGUGAUGGUCGCCAGUUAAAGUAAGAGGUGGUUGCCAGUUAAAUGAGUUGUGGCCGCCAGAUAAUAAGUGACGGUCGCCACUUAAAUCAACAUGAAUCCUCUGCCCUGGUACCUACCGGGUUCCUCAGUUUUCACUCGAUGCAAUUUUCCCGUUACAGGUCGUGUUCGGUCAUCGAAAUUCCGAACAAAACCCCCGAGGAUUUCCGGUGUUGGCGGUUCUCUCCCUCUGGGCAUUCAACAGUUGUCGGUCAGUCGACCACGGACAGCUCAGUUCGAAGCCAUGGUAACGCCGCGGUCUCUAAAAGAAAUCGACAAACCUGUCAAACUUCCGGCAUGUCGUCGAACUUCCGGCAUCAUGGACACCAAUAAAAACCACGCUAAAGCGUUAGAACUCAUCGACUGUGAAGAGGAGUUAAUCCUACCAGAUUUCCCCGCCAGCCGUCCCGUUACAGCCCCGGGCCCGGCGGCGGGCGGUUGGACUCGGAUGUUCAUGUCUACGUCACAGAGAGACGACUUUGAGAUGCCUGACCUGGAAGAUCUACGUUUGGGAAUACCAGAUACAGUCAGCAAGGCAUGGGAAGACAUAGCAGAAGAGGAUGAAGAAAUAAGAAUAAUCAUGAUAGGAAAGUCAAAUUCCGGAAAAAGUGCCACAGCCAACACCAUUCUAGGAUAUACUGCCUUUAAUAGCCCUUCAAAUCCUCUCACCAAAAAAUGCCGUUAUGGGACUUGUGAACGUUUUGACCGAAGGUUGGUUGUCGUUGAUACUCCAGAUAUUUGUGACAAGGGCAAUCAAACAGAACUUUUGAAAGCUGUUGCCUUGACUUCGCCAGGCCCCCAUGUGUUUAUUUUUGUAGUAGGUAUUGGACUCGUCAACACUGACGACGAACACACGUACUCUAAUAUGGUCCAAACAUUUGGAAAUGAAGUCCCGCAUCAUACGAUAAUACUGUUUACGAGGAAGGAUGAUUUAAUAUAUGAAGGGAUGACUAUCUUCGGUUACGUCAAUGAAGUACCGGAGAAAAUCAAAGACGCAUUGACGGCAUGUAAUCGAAGAUACAUUGCCUUUGAUAACAACUGUUCGGGGAGAGAAUCAGAAGUUCAGGUUCGAAAACUUUUAGACAUUAUUGAUAAUAUUCUCGUUUUGAAUCGUACUCAUUUCUCUAACAUUUUCUUUGAUCAAAUUGAAAGUCACUUAGAGAAAAGAUCGCAAAACAUAACAAAGGCAUUUGAAAUUAAGUAUAAAGAGAAGGUGAGAAACAUGGAGAACGAUUUAGCAAAGACAAAUGAAGAUGAUAUAUUUGAAACAAAUAAAGAUAUACAUGUACAUAUUCUAACAGCACAUCAACAAAAAGAAAACAAACCCAACCCUAAUCGUAGAAAACUAUUUAGUGACAGUGAUGUGAUGCUUUCACCGAGACAGCGACCAAAUUCUUCAAGCAAUCGAAACAAACUUAAAUUGAAAAGGAAGUCUUUGUCAUAUCGUAAGAAAACAGCGCGAACACCCUCACUAUCUCCAAUCGAGUCGGUGGACUGCGAUUCCGAAAGUGAACUUAUAGACGCUGGUAAUCUUGAUUAUGAGAUUUCCCAAUACGAAAUCAAAUUAAAUGGACUGAAAGAGGAGCUGGAACGAGAAACGGAGAAACACCAACUCCGCGAGAAAGUCAGGAUGGAAUUAGUGCAUGACGUGGAUGAAAUAUACAAACCGUUGUUGAAAACAGAUUUAACGUUAUCUGAUGCAUCCAAACAAAACAUGAAGAAAAUUUAACAUAAGAAUGUAGAAAUUAUUUAGAUUCAAUGUAUAUGGUGUUUCCAAGUCUUGCAGAAAAUCAUAUUGAAUGUAGUGAAAAGUGUGUGUAUUUCAUACAUGUAUAAUACAUGUACCAUUACUCAAUGCUUAUAUUCAAAGAAUGAAUGGUUAUAACAAUAAAUCUAUAUUUGAUGACGCUACAUCAGGUAAAUUAAUGCAAUUAUCGAUAUCGUCCAGUAAUGUGAUUACCCAUCGCAAACUAUUCAGUUUCAGAAAGAAAGAAGAUAGGUGAACACAGCGAUAAAAGUGCCCACGAGUGGGUAGAUAGGAAUGACAAAAAUAAAAUCACUCUCAGAAAGAGUUAGAAUUCGUCAA